AAUGUUACAGCUGUUUACUAUUAAUAUUCGCUGUACCAAAUUAAUUAUCUUUUCUUUUUUCUCCUUUUUAAGAACGAACUAUCGAGAUCAUUCAUAAUAGAAAGCUUUAAGCUGAAAAGCUUUUCAAUUCCCGCUCGCCUUUAUUGACGCUUUCUCUUGUUUCAAAAAAAUAAAUAAAUCCAAAUUAGUUUUUUUGGCCGGAGAUGAGAAGUCAUGAACGGCGAGCUCCGGUGGUUGUUGACGGCGGCGGAAGCGGCGGAAAUUGGUUUAACAGAGGCGACGGAGUUGGAGCCGGCAGCGGCAGCGGCAGCGGCAGCGGCGGUUGUUAUAGUCAUGAUAGUGAACCGGAUUUGGCUGCUAUGGUUAGCGAGUUUCUGGAAAGUAGUAGUGCUAGUGCGGAGUCUUGGUGUAGUAGUGAUAAUGAUUCCGGUUUCUCUGAUUUCGCUCUUCUUGCUGAUAGAAUUACGCUGGACAAGAACUCAGUGGAUCAGUAUGAAAUUGACUUAACAAUGGUGGUUCAUUCCCUUAUUCUUUCAAUGACCGAAUCUUGCUGUACUGGGAAGCCCGAAACUUGUAAUGCGAGCUGCAUCAGAUCUUAUCUAGUGAAGCUCCUCCAGUCUUGCGGUUAUAAUGCAGAUUUGUGUGCAACCAAGUGGCAGGGUUGUGGAAAGAUUCCUGGAGGUGAACACGAGUACAUUGAGGUGAUCUCCCAUGGAAGUGAUGGAUACUCCGAAAGGUAUAUAAUUGAUCUCGACUUCCGGAGCCACUUUGAAAUUGCAAGAGCUGUCAAAUCCUACAACGUGGUCUUGAGUUGUCUUCCACCAGUUUAUGUUGGCACAGUAACAAAACUUAAGCUGUAUCUUCAGGCUAUGGUAGAAGCAGCGAAAUGUUCACUCAAACAGAAUUCAAUGCCUCUUCCUCCAUGGCGAUCCCUUGCCUAUUUAGAAGCCAAGUGGGAAUCGUCCAGUCAAAGAGUAGUCAAUGUUCAGGUCCAGAGCAGCGUAACCCCCUCUAAUUCCUGUCAUCGGCAUUGUACUGAACUGUUGUGGAGGAUAAAAUCCUGUAUUGGAUCUGAAAUCAAAGCCAAAGGAUUCUUGGUACAUAAGAACUAUAGAAAGUGGCAGGGGUUUAAGAUCCAAUCGAGUCAUGCUUCCCCCGCGACUCUCUGAUCUUGCAUUGAACAGAGAACACAAUUUUGUUCGACAUCAUUUCCACUUCCUCUUUUCGACAUUCAACAAAUUACAGAACCUUCAAGAUGAGGUAAAAAUACAGCGGAUUUAGUUUGUUUGUAUCAUAAUGACACGAUUUGGGGGAAUCUUGUUCACAUGCUACCACGAUCAAGGUUCUCCAGUUUUGGUUAUCUACACUUGAGAGUUGCAUCUUGUUUUGUUUUAGCAUCUUGCUACCAUAAUAUAGAAUAUAUUAAUUUUUGCCACGGAACUUUUCCCCAAUUUGUGCCUUCGUUUAAAGAUCAGAUUCAAUUUGAUUUGUAUUUUAUUUUUUGAUUCAAUUUUGGCACUUGGCUAAUCACCCCCAAUGUCCCUUUUUAUGAAGAGGUAUAAAUUUUAUUUUGUUCUUUUCCCA